AUGUCAUUCGAGGUCCAAUUCGCCUCUCCAGGCGACUCACCGAGCCUCACAGAGACCUUCCUCUGCACAUUCGCGGACGACUUCAACAGAACCAUGUUCCCACCAACACCGGAAGUCCGCGCAUGGCUCGAACGAACAUUCCUAGCCGUCGACCUCUCAAAAACGUACCAGGUUAUGCUCAAAAUAGUUGACCCGUCCAAUCCGAGCAUUGUAGCGGCAUUCGCGAAGUGGGCACGUCCCCUGCAUGCAGGCGCGGAUCAGGAUCGGCAUGAUCCCGCGCCCUCGUGGCCUGUGGAUGGCGAUGCGGAUCUACGUGAGAUGUUUUUUGGAAUGAUGGAAAGGCAUCAUGAGGAACUUAUGGGUGGGAGGCCUCAUUACUACCUCGAAAUGCUGGGCGUGCACCCUUCAUUCCAGGGUCGAGGUUUAGCCUCUAAAUUGUUGAAGUGGGGACUUGCUCGUGCAGACGAGGAGGGCGUCGAGGUCUACUUGUCCAGUUCGCCUGAGGGUCGGCCUAUGUAUGAAAAGAAUAAAUUUGAGCAAACUAAAUACCCCUUCUCGCCUUGGCCUGGGUACGAGCAGGUCAAUAUGAUCCGGCCAGCUAAGAAAUGA